CAAGCUUUAUAUUUUAUGAGUCUAAAAGGGAUGAAAGUUUAACUCUUGAGUGGUUAUUCAAAGUAUUAAGUAUGUGUAUAUAUUAGAUAUAUGACUAAUUAUUUAUCUCGUUAAUUUGGUUUGGCUUGUUAGGAGUGUCUGAAACCAAACCACCUAAACCAAACAAGCUAAAAACUUUAACCAAAUCAAACCAAUUAUCUAAAUUAACCAAACUAAAUUAUCCAAAUAGUACUGAUUAAAACGGUUACCAUGGUAACCACUUUGAACACCCCUAUCUAUUACAAUCAAACAACUACAAUCACUAUCAAUUUAGAAAAUGAAAUGAGAUAAAUGAACGUAAUUUAUCUGUCUUUUAUCUUAUCUUUCCCAUUUGACAUGGGCAAGAAUUUAGCACAUCCACAAUCAAAAUUAACGAGACUCUCGCUGUUAACCACACUUGACACAUCGAAAACGUUGGAAUGCUUCCUGUCACAAUGAUGGUAUUAAGGCUAAACUUUGAAAGAAGACUCAAACAUCCUCAUGAGGUUUUGGUUUUAUUUGAAUUUAGCAGACACAUCACAUGAGAAGUAUCGAUCUCCUUUCCUGAUUAGGAGUAUAAACACUCAACAAAUUACUCGCCGGCACGAACAAAUUGUCAAACUCCCUCUUCCUCCUCUCUGUUUUACCUUUUUUUACGAACAUAUAUUUUCUUAUUCCAUCGGGGUUUUCAUUUUCUUCGUUCACCUUUGCUUGCCUGCGUUGUGCGUUCCCUAAUAUUUAUUCAAAAAAGCAUUUUUAACUGAGCUUUUAACACUCUUUGAUACGAAAGGGAUAACGAAUCUUCACGCCAGCACAAAACCUCAUCGAAAGUCGCCGUUGGAAAGAGCGCACAAGAAUAACUAAGAGAAGAAACGGAGUCCCCACUUUAACGGCGAGCAGCCGGAUCCCGAUCAAGCCUCUGCCAACUCCAAUCAGGAUCCGAAGCCUUAUUGGCUAUGGCGCGAAGCGGAAUUGUGAGUUUGAUUUGCUGCGAAUCGGAAUUGCUGCCUUGAUCUCGACGGCCGGCGGAUUUCGGGGAGACGAAUUUUGGAUGGUGUGGGUCGCCGCCGGGGAAUUUUGAACUCAGAGGUUUACUUCCGGUGAGUAACGGUCGCCGGGAGAAGGAAGAAGGAAGAAGAAGAACUCGGGGAGAUUUACUGCAGUGUAAUCGAAAGUAAGUUCCCCUUUCUUUUCUUUCCUUUGCUUUGAUUGUUUCUCGAGAAAUUGAAAAUUUCCCUUCUGGGGAAGUCGGGGGAACUUCUGCAGUUACUGUACCAGAAAAAAGUCAAGUUUUUUGGCAACUUUUUUACUUUCCGGCGCUCGUUCCCGUGAUGGGUAUUUAUGUUUCUGCAGAACCCAGAUCAAAAUUUCGAACCUUUGUUGACUGAAUUCUGAUGGGCAGUGUACAAUUCGAUCAAAGAUGUGAUCUUUAAUUUUUUUUUUCUUCUUCUUCCAUUUCCCCCCUUUGAUUCAAUAUGCAGGAAAAUGGCGACUCCAGUUGAGCCGCCAAACGGGGUGAGGAUUCAAGGCAAGCAUUACUACUCAAUGUGGCAGACCUUGUUCGAGAUCGACACCAAAUACGUGCCGAUAAAGCCGAUCGGCCGAGGGGCUUAUGGUAUAGUCUGCUCUUCAGUCAACAGGGAGACUAACGAGAAAGUAGCGAUCAAGAAGAUACACAAUGUGUUUGACAAUCGCAUUGAUGCUCUGAGGACUCUCCGCGAGCUGAAGCUCCUUCGCCAUCUUCGACACGAGAAUGUGAUUGCUUUGAAGGACGUGAUGAUGCCUAUACAUAAGAGGAGUUUCAAGGAUGUGUAUCUGGUUUAUGAAUUGAUGGACACCGAUCUCCACCAGAUCAUCAAGUCGUCUCAGUCGCUUAGUAAUGAUCACUGUCAGUACUUCCUCUUCCAGUUGCUACGAGGCCUGAAGUAUCUUCACUCAGCAAACAUCCUCCACCGUGAUCUGAAACCCGGGAACCUUCUCAUCAACGCAAACUGCGACCUCAAAAUCUGCGAUUUCGGCCUGGCGAGAACCAGCACAGGCAAGGGCCAGUUCAUGACUGAGUACGUGGUCACACGGUGGUACCGAGCACCCGAACUCCUCCUCUGCUGCGACAACUAUGGGACCUCGAUCGACGUCUGGUCAGUAGGCUGCAUAUUCGCUGAGCUACUCGGUCGUAAGCCUCUCUUCCCGGGGACAGAAUGCCUAAACCAGCUCAAGCUCAUCAUCAACAUAUUAGGUAGCCAGAGGGAAGAAGAUCUCGAGUUCAUCGACAACAUCAAGGCGAAGAAGUUCAUCAAGUCGAUUCCGUAUUCACCAGGGACGUCAUUCAACCACCUCUACCCCAAUGCUCAUCCCCUGGCCAUUGAUCUGCUGAGGAAGAUGCUGAUCUUCGACCCUUCGAAGAGGAUAACUGUGACCGAAGCACUGCAGCACCCUUACUUGUCCCCCCUCUAUGAUCCUAACAAUAACCCUCCGGCCCAGGUGCCUAUCGAUCUUGACAUCGAUGAGGAUUUGGGGGAGGAGAUGAUACGUGAGACGAUGUUGCAGGAGAUGCUGCAUUACCAUCCUGAGUUCGCCGUAGGGGCAGCCAGCGGGGGAUUCUGCUUCUGAGUCAUUCUACCUUGGCUUAGGUAGUGGUUCCUUGUUUCUAUUUACGAUCUUAUAGCUACUUUUGCUUUGAAUAAUCUGCUGAGAAAAGAAGAAGAACUACUAGUAAAUUAAUUGUUGUAGUAUGGCAUUUGAAUGCCAGCUUAUGGCUAGAAAGACUAUGCCAACCUUGCUGCUGUUGCUGUUUGUUGAUGUUGUUGUACAUAAGAAGUCUCAGUUGUACUUUUGUACUUUGAUCUAGUGAAAAGACAUUUCCAGAUGUGUUCCUCCAUGGAGAUAAAAGUUGAAACAUUUC